AUGGAACGGAAAAAAAGUAGUAAAAAUAUUCCAAUUUUUGAUGAAUUUGAUACUAUAAAAGAAGAAAGUGAUAAAAAAAUUAAAGAACUUGAUUCUGAUGAAUUAUGUGAAUCUAACUCAGAAUCUGAAUGUGAUGAAUAUUUAAAUAAUCAAGCAAUUGAUGCACUUGAAAAUUUACUGAAAGAAAAGCUUAAUGUAAGUUAUAAAUUAAAAUUAACUGCAUUAUUGCAGUAUCUUAGACUUAUUGAUUAUGAAGAACCAAAGAUUAAAGCUAACAUUUCUAUUAUAUAA